AAUUUUCAUCACCAAAGGCCAGAAGACACGACUGUCAUCUUACAAACACCACUGCCACUACUAAUACCACCACCGCUAUGUUUCUUCAACCGUCCUGAUCCGCAAACUCUUUAACACCACCGCUACCUCACAACCAAAACAAACAUGCUGAACCCCAAAGGCCCCGGGCUCCGCCGCGUCAAAAAAUUCCCCUCCUCAUCCCUUCUCGAGAGCGAAUAUCACAAUUCAGCUCCCUCUCCGGCUUUUUUGAGCGCUGCACAAAGUUCUAGCCAAUCUCUUGCGAAUAUUACGAAUCAUCCGCUGGCACCCAAGCGCCAGCGCUCUCAAUCACAGUCCCAAUUUGACGGUCCCAAAUACCCGGUAAACAACAAUCAACGGUAUGCGCGCAAGACCACCUCGAGCGCGCAACUAGUACCAAAACAAAAUCCAACGAUUGAAAGUCUUAUAAGCAGGCCCCCAGCAAACCUCGUCGAGGCCUUGCAAGAUUUACGGUACCUAAUUCUUACAGAAGGAAUACAAGCGGACAGUGAUGGAAAUUCCCCCCUAAGGAUAUACAUCUGGUCCAUACUGCUGGGCAUAAGUCCGAUGCGCACGAGCGAUUAUGUUUCUCUUGUCCGCCGUGGAGCUUCUAGCAGCUAUUCCAAGAUCCGCAACGAUACAUUCAGAACACUUGCCACUGACCCCCUAUUUCGUCGAAGGGUCUCUGAGGCUUCGCUGAUCCGGCUUUUGAAUGCAUUUCAAUGGAAAAUGCGAGAUUCUGGUACCGACGCUCAAUACGUUCAGGGCAUGAACGUCAUUGCCGCCCCUUUUCUCUACGCCGCGAGGAGCGAAGUGGAGGCCUUUUCCCUUUUUUCGGUGUUUAUUCAGAGAGAGUGUCCGGGCUAUGUUAAACCGACAAUGGAGGGUGUCCACCGCGGACUCAAAUUGGUGGAUCAAUGCUUAGAAACGGUGGAUCCGAAAUUAUAUGCUCACUUACAAUCAAAGUUUCUCUCUGCAGAAUUAUAUGCCUUCCCUUCCGUCUUAACACUGUCAGCAUGUACACCUCCGCUUCCCGAGGUGCUAAAGUUAUGGGAUUUCCUCUUGGCGUAUGGGGCCCAUCUCAACAUCUUAUGUGUAGUCGGGCAGCUGCUGUUGAUGCGGGAUGAGUUGCUGGUCGCCCAAAGCCCAAUGAAACUUCUACGCCAAUUUCCGCCGUUGAACGCAAAAAUGAUUGUCAGUGUUGCUGUGAGCUUAGUGCGAAAGAUCCCGGAAGAACUUUUUGAGGAGCUCGUAAAUCACGCACGGUGAUCAUGGCGGUGCAGCCAGUCAGUCAGCAGUAACAGAUUGCGCAUUUGAAGGAGCACACAGUUCCCAUAGUUUUAGCUACCCGCUGUAUCUGCGCCUCGUGUUUUUUUUGUUUUUUUUUGGUAGCUGCUUUUCACUUCUUGAUAUGUCUUUACUAUACAACGGUUUUUCUUAUUCCUGCUAGUAUGGCAGGGGUGGGGGUUCAUGGGAUUUUGGGUUCACGGGAUGUAUCAUUAUGGAUUAGUUGUGGAGAUCUGUUCGGGGGACCUGGUGCACAAAUUUGUUUUCUUUUCGCUUGGUUUUUUCGCUUCACUUUUCAGUUUUUCCUAACUCUUUCCUUGAGAACAUGCCGCGUCCGGGUCCGACGUCUCCAUUACCCCCCCCCCUUUGUUCCUUUUUGUCUGCACUUUUUUGUCCACGCCUUUUCAGAUACUUUUUAUAUCCGGACAUCGCCUAACAUGGCAUGAUAGUCCAUUGUGUCUUCUUUUGUUUUUAUCGUUUGCUAUUUCUUCUUCUCCUUGAUCGGGUAUCUACAAGUAGGGAGGUCUUUGUAAGGAAUUGAAAUCCGGCCGCUAGGUUAAUAGAGAAAGAGUUGCUCUCCCAAACCCAUUAUUCGUGAUUCCCCUGAGGGAUAGGGAGUACCAUACACGCAUACAUGCACAGCCCGCUCGGGGGUUGGGAAAAUAUCGGACAAGUAGCUGGGGUGGUGGGAUUACAGGACUUGGAUUAGUAGUUAUUUUUCUUUAAUACUACAAGUACGAGUACUUUCAAGGUAUAUUGUACUAGUACAGUGCAGUAUGUAUUUACCUCGUACAGGCCUCUGCUACCCCUGCUUGUCCCAAACUUCACCCCAACCCCUGGCGCAACCCGAGCACAUGUAUCGUACUACCAUCUAAGAGCAAGAUCAAGAUUCAGGCUCUAGAGCGGCAAACAGUAGGAAGAUCUAGGUGCAUUACAUUAUCAAACAAGUGAUAUACCCGCUACUUGUGGAGUGUCGAGGCGAAUGAUCUGGGCCCUCCGACCCCCUUUCCCCUCCUCUACCAUAUCAUACUCCGCAGGAAGCAACGAGGCUCAUCCAAGAUGCGGGGGUGGGAACCUCCCAUACCCGCCUUCAUUCAUUUCACCCCCUCCCCCUUCCGGUACCUUCCUCUUCUCUUACUGUAAACCGAUUACUGCCGUUACUCGUACUGUUCAGCGGUUUGUUAACCUUAAUUUUCCCGCCUGCUGCGCACCACCUGCUUCAACGAAACUUACUGUGCAUCCGACUAAUUAUGCACCGGUACUGUACCUGCGCCAGCCAGCCAGCCAGCCAACCCAGCACGAGAUAAACCUCCUCCCCUUUCGGACCUCUAUUGUAACGCCCAUCCAGCUGGUCGUCAAGUCAGUCGGUAGGCUAUGCAUGCCACUUGAAACCUCCCCUACUUCCCUCCCACCUUCCUUCCCAUGGGGAAUCAUCACUGCAUACAUAUCCCCCACCCACCGCAUACACCAUUUGAUUACCCCACGAUGAAAUGCCGAGUCGCUACCCCACGAACAAAGCGUGUCACAACUUCGAUUUGACGCUUUACCAGAUCAAGCACUUGUGAUGCGCAACGGAGGGGCUGAGUCGAUUGAAACGGAGUUCAAGUGUGGAAGUAAGGAGGUAGGAAAUGAAAUAGGGUUUCACUUAUUUACCCCAGGAAGCGAAAGCUUGUUUUUUUAUUCUACCGGUAUUCUCUUGCGAAGACCCACUUCCCCCUUUGCUUGGUUUGUGCCCCCCCAGCCUUUUGGCUCUGUGAUUGCGUUAGGCUUGGGUUUCUUGGCGGUGGUGUUUUAUGUUACUGUGUUGAGGGCUUAAGUUAUAUGCAACUGGUAUAUAAUGUGCCCGUUUUGCAUGAUGGGUGAUGUAUGGUAUAUCUACUCGAGUGCUGGUAAGUUGGGUGUUUUAGAUGGGGGGUGUAAGUUGCGAUUUCGUGUGUGGCUGUGAAAGACGGGGUAUGCAUCGUGCC